UAAAACUUUUCACGCUCUCUGUUUGGCUCUACUUUUUUCCACCCCAACUUGACAUUUCGUUUACAGCAACAAGUGUUGCCGGCCACAAGUGACAGCUUGACCAUGUGUUAGAUUUCCACACACAAAAAUAAAUGCCAUAUAAGACAUAACAUAUAAGCUGUGCACCGGUGGCCGGACUGCGAUGAUCGUGUCCAACGUGAGCCUGAGCGGCUGCGCGGAGGUCGACGGCGCGCUCUGCGCUGGAGGAGCGGCGGAAGGGCAGCUGAGGGGGACCUCAUACCGGACAACCCUCACCCCGACAGGGAACUUGGUCGUGUCUGUGUGCCUGGGGUUCAUCGGCACUUUCGGACUUCUGAACAACCUGCUGGUUCUCGUCCUCUUCUGCCGCUACAAGAUGCUGCGAUCGCCCAUCAACCUGCUCCUGAUUAACAUUUCCAUCAGCGACCUGCUGGUGUGCGUAUUGGGGACUCCGUUCAGCUUCGCAGCCAGCACGCAGGGAAGGUGGCUCAUAGGAGAUGCGGGAUGCGUGUGGUACGGCUUCGCCAACUCCCUCUUUGGCAUUGUGUCGCUGAUCUCCCUGGCUGUCCUCUCUUACGAGCGCUACAGCACAAUGAUGACCCCCACUGAGGCGGACUCCACCAACUACUGCAAGGUCUCCCUGGGCAUCGCCCUGUCCUGGGUCUACUCCUUCAUCUGGACAAUGCCACCACUCUUUGGAUGGAGUAGCUAUGGCCCAGAGGGUCCUGGUACCACCUGCUCUGUCAACUGGAAGGCCAAGACGACAAAUAACAUAUCUUACAUCAUCUGCCUGUUUAUCUUCUGCCUCCUUUUGCCGUUCCUGGUGAUCAUGUUAUGCUAUGGGAAGCUGCUGUGCGCCAUCAGACAGGUCAGCGGGAUCAAUUCAUCAAUGAGCAGGAAACGUGAGCAGCGCGUGCUAUUCAUGGUCGUGAUUAUGGUGAUAUGCUACCUGUUGUGCUGGCUGCCGUAUGGCAUUAUGGCUCUGCUGGCCACUUUCGGGCCACCAGGCUUCGUCACGCCUGAGGCGAGCAUCAUCCCCUCAGUCUUCGCCAAGACGAGCACAGUCAUCAACCCAGUCAUCUAUGUCUUCAUGAAUAAACAGUUUUACAGAUGUUUCCAAGGCCUGCUGCGUUGUGAGCCUCCUCGACGAGGAUCAAGCAUAAAGAGCUCCUCCAGGGUUGCCACCAAGGCUGGUAGAGGUCAAGCAGUCUCUGGUCACCGCCGUACCAACCACUUCCCGUUAAUGGUAGCUUCCCUUGGUCAACCGGUGACCACUGUGCCCCAAUUGGGCCCCUUCUUUGAAGCAACAAAUGAUGUCUCCAAAGCCCCCUCUUCAGACACCAACAAACCUGUCGAGGUAUCAUUAGAGGCCCACUUCGACGUCUGAUGAUAGGCUAUGACCAUGAAAAGUUCCAACAUCCCCAGACAGGAAGUCAUUAAUAAUGAGGAAGGUGGUUUUACUGAGGCUUGAAGAGCAGCAGCCGACCAGUUCAGCUGGAAUUAAUGCAGCGGUUGCAUCAGAUCUGCCCAGCUAGGAGAGAUGAUGGACCAGUAACAAAGGCAAAUUUUGUAUUUCCUCUAGACAAUAUGAACAGAAAUCAGAGGCAGUAAACUCACAGGAGCUGGAGUGUUUUUCUGCAGAGAAAAAAUAUAGAUCGGUCGUGUUAGAAAUGAGCAAGUAAAGGAUGAUGUUAUCACGAUUUUUGGAAAAAGCACUGUUAUGGUAACCGAGGAGGAACUGUAAGGAUUUUGUGCAAUAUGUUUGUAGUCUCUCUCAUAAAAUGCCAUCACUGAAAUGUGUUCAGGGUGCAGGAAGAGGGAUAAGAUGUAUUUUUGUAUUGAUUGCUGUAUUUACAAAGUGAGGCAGAAGAACACACCUUAUUUAUCACUCCACUCAUGUCAAAUGUUCAAGUGUUUCCUAGAGAAGACAAGAUUAAAAUACUUUCACGUUUAUCACUCAUCACUUUGAAAUCUCUAAGUGUUUUGUUAGAUGUGUAGCUUUGCUAGCAUUUUUUUCAAGGAAUAGCAACUUUAAGGUCAAAAAAUAGGUGCAUGUUGGAGGUUUACUGUGUAAUUUCUUCAAUAACAACUGUGCAAUGUGUAAUAUGAAAUACAGUAUCUGGUCAUCAGCAGAUACUACUGAUGCAGAUAUUUGGCACUGUCAAUAAUCCAGAAAAUUAUUUUUAAAUUGGGAAUUUCCAGAUGUACAUACACCAGGGAAAUCUGUUUUUAACUGUGCUCAUUUGGUCAAAGCCAAAGUACAAGUAUCCUUUGUAUUCAGAAAAUAUUGUGGCCAUAGGCUUGUUAAAAGAGCAGCCUCUAGUCAUAUUAUCCACAAUAUUAAAACUACUACUGUGAACAAUUGCCAUCAUCAGAGAAUAAAGUCCAAUCAACAGAAAUUGUUUUCCAGUGGUUCCCAGAAAAUAACAAAGGACUUUAGUUGAGGCAAGAAAUAUGUUUUAGAUGGAAUAUGUUUGUUCUGUAUAUACUGUCUGACAUGUGCUUGUCUGUUCAGUUUUUUGAUAACUAAUGUGACACUUUCUCCUUCUUGCAACUUAAAGAUGACUGCAGAAGUGAAUAUCUGAGCUGCAUGUGGCGUAGUACUUUUUGCUACUGAAGUCGAUUAUAGUGUGUGCAGUUUUUUUGUAGUUCGCUUUUAACACAUCAACUGUUUUCUAUGUGAUGUCCAGAUUUAAUGUACGUGAGUUAAUACCAAAGCUAAAGAAAUUGGUAUAUUUUUCAGGGGUACUGCUCAAUAAAGUUUUUUUUUUUCUCUAAAUCAAUUUGCAUUGCUUUUUUGACAAAGACCUGUUUAAAAGUCGAAAUUCAG